AUGACUACUAUAGAAGUUAUUAGUCCAUUAUAUUUGCACCUAUCUGGUGGAAAUAAUUUUAUGGCCAUAGAUAAACUUCAAGGAUCUAGAAAUUACAAAUCUUGGAAAAGAUAUAUGGAAAUAGUUCUAGCUUCCAAAAGAAAUCUAGGGUUUGUGACUAGAAGUGAGAAGAAAAAUACUACUGAUAAUGUGAAAGGUGAGGCUUGGGAAACUUGUAACAGCAUGAUAAUAUCAUGGAUUCUAGGAUCAGUGUCGGAGUCCAUAAAGAAGUCAACCAUGUUUGUGAAUAGUGCUCAUAUAAUCUGGAAACAACUUGAGCAAAGAUUUGCACUCACAAAUUGGUCUAGAAAAUACAAACUCAAUAAAGAGUUGUAUAAGACCAAGCAACAAGAAAAAAGUAUAAGUGAUUAUUAUACAAUAAUGAGGAGCACUUGGGGGGAAUUAGAAGCUUCAAACUCUCUGCCUCCCAUUAUAACUGUGACAGUAGAAGUAAAUGAGUUUGUGAAAGCUCUGAAUCUUCAACAAGAACAACAAAAGUUGUUUCAGUUUCUUAAUGGCUUAGAUGAAGCCUAUAGGACUCACAUGAGUCAAAUCUUGAUGAUGACUCCUCUACCUAGUGUUGAGAGUGCUUGCAGUUACCUGGAACAAGAAGAGGCACAAAGAGAAAUCUUGGGAAAAAUGACACAAGAACUUGUUACCUUAGCUAUGUACAACAAGGGGACAAGGGGAGAAUAUAGUGGGAACCAAGGCAUAACUUAA